AUGGCCAUCUCACAGACUCCGUCUCGCAUAACCGUCCAGCCAAUUGUCCCUGCUGCGGACUCGGAUGUUGACUUUGGCGCUACUAUAAGCAACGCUGAUAUUGAGAAUCUCACUGAUGCCGACUUUGAUGUCAUCCGUGAAGCUCUCUUCAAGCACCAAGUUCUCGUAAUCAAGAACCAGGGACAUGCAUCUCCCAAGGCACAGUUUGAGAUUACACAAAAGUUCGACCCUGACUCUGGUGAGAACUACGGUCACGGCAAGACCCUGGACGCCAAGCGCUCCAUUCUGCACCCUGACCUGAAGACCAUCCCGCACCAGCCUCAAGUCCAAGUCAUUGGCAAUGGCUUCGUCGAGGAGUACGAGGGUCUGAAGAACAUCCAGCUCAGACACCCUCACCACCGCACAUUCCACGCUACAAUCAUCCCUGAUGAGGAUGACCUGGAUUUCACACGUUUCUACCGCUGGCACAUCGAUGCCGCGCUCUACGGUCUCGCACCGCCCGUCGCCACGACUCUCCUGGCAGUUCGUGUGCCCGGCGGCCGCAAGCAAACCCUCCGCUACGACGACGGCACCGACGAAGAGAUGACGGUCCCUCUUGGUACCACAGCCUUCGUGUCCGGUUACGCAAUGUACGACAACCUCUCGCCCGAGGACCAGGAGUUCGUCCGCACGACAAAGGUGGAGUACGCACCGCAUCCCUACGUGUGGAUGAGCAGCGCCAAGUCCCGCUCCACCGGUCUGGGCAUGGUCUCGGAGGGCAAGGAGGUCCCGCUCGACGACCUGCCCCCCAUCGACGAGGAAAAGAUCCAGAUCCUGCCCAUGUGCUGGCGGAACCCCGUCACGGACCGGCUAGCGUUGCAGGUCCACCCCUCGGCGGUGCGGAAGCUGCACUUGGCGGACGGCACCGUGGUGGAGGACCUCGCCGAGGUGCGGGAGACGGUGCACCGCCUGCAGCGGCCGGGCAUCUCGCCCAAGAACGUGUAUGCUCACGACUGGGAGCAGGGCGACUUUGUCAUUUUCCACAACCGCGGCGUGAUCCACUCCGUGGUGGGCGCCUUUGCGGAAGAUGAGGUGCGGUUGUUCCGGCAGUGCAACAUUGCCGCCGCCCGGCUUCCUCAGGGACCUGUCGAAGUUGCCGCGGCUGUGUAG